CGUAUAUAUAUCUCUAUAUAUAUAAGAAUGAAUUACAAUUGUGUUGCAUUUCUUCACUUCAUAUCAAAUCGUGAAUUUUUACACCGCUUUUAGCUAUACAUAGUUUAAUUGUGAUAUACUUAGUUAGUUACUGAGAACAAUGAAGUCUGGAGGUGUUUCUUAUGCGGUGGCUCAGUUUGAAUUAUACGCUUAAAGAGAAGAGACCGUAGCUCCAUUAUAAAAGGGCAGGAGAUGGGCAAAUCGAUGGAAGUGUCUUGGGUGAUGGAUCACUACAGAGUUGUUAUUUUAGGUGCUGCUGAAGUGGGAAAAUCAUCGCUGAUUGCAAAUUACACGCAAGGCAAGGAUCUGAGUUAUAAGGAAACGACACUGAUUUCCUCUUACUAUCCAAUCCAUCCGGAGAAGACGAUAAGAUUAGAUUGUUGGGAAUUGGCUGGAAAUGAGCGCUGGCAUCAAUUGGCCCCCUAUUAUUAUAAGGAUGCUCAGGCAGCGCUCGUUGUGUACGAUGUGCAGGAUCCUCAGAGUCUAUGGACUGCCAAAGAGUGGAUCAAGAAAAUGCAAAAUGAGGUCUCUCGUGAUAUUAUCAUAGCUAUAGUUGGCAAUAAAUCAGAUCUAUGGGAUGCAUCUUGCAUCGAUUCUAUAGAGGUCCAAAAUUAUGCUUUCGAACAUGGUUUUAUAUUCAUUGAGACGUCUGUUAAAACGGGUCAAAAUAUAAAUGAGCUGUUUGCGACAAUAACACAAGAACUGAAGACUAGGAAAACUCCGAUGUGUUACAAACAAGAACAAACAGUAUCAAAGCACAGAUGUAGAUGUGGGUGCAUCUAAAUAGAGGAAUUUUUAACUACAUCGAACAAAACAUAUUUGCUACAUGCAACGGAGGCUUUAUAAAUCACUAUAUUUGGAUUUAAAUUCCGUAUUAUAUUGCAAAUAAAGAUUUGCUAUGAAACAAAGAAAGAAACAAUUGACUAAUAAUAUUACGAAGAAUAAUCACUUAGUUUUAAGAAUUGAGUCAUCUUAUAAUUGCGAAAUAUUAUAUUAAGAUUGAUCCUAUGUUAUUAUGAUACAUGUUUUACUUUUAGUUAUAGUUAUAUUGAAAUGACACUGACAGACAUAUAUAAAUAUAU